AUGUACGUGUCACGGGCAGUCUGCUCGAGGUGCGCCUCGCGCAUGCGCCUGGCCGUCACGACGUCGGCCGCCGCCGCAGCAGCAAUAGCCUCUCCGCGGCUCUCAUCCACCGCAGCCGAUGCCUCACCAGAUGCCGCGACGGGCACACGCACACGAGACACUGAGCCGCGGCGGCAGCACCAAGCGCAGACAUCUUCUGCUGGAUCGCAUCAGCAGCAUGCACGCCGCCGGCCGUCCCACCAGAGAAGCGCCAAGGCGUCGCAGCAGUCUGCCGUCGCCCUCUUCAACGACGUUGUCAAAAAGGCACCGCAAGCCUCUUCGCCUCCCUCCGCCUCAUCCCCUUCCACAUCGUCCCUGCAGCAGCAGCAGAACCACAAGCCCGCCACCGCACUCGGCGAGUGGGAAAUCGCCGCCAAGAUGAAGGAGCUCGCCGAGCAAAAGGCCCUCGACCCGCGCGACCGCCUGCGCCUCUUCCGCGCCGACAUUUGGCCGCACGUCCGCGAGCUGCGCGGCCAGAUGCCCCGCCACCUGUACAUGGCGACGACGCAGUUCCUCGCGCGCGCCUGCGACGCCGCCGCCGACGCGGGUCACACGGGCGCCAGCGGUCCCGGCGUGGGCGUCGAGCUGUCCGCCAUGUGCGCCCGCAUCGGCAAGUGGGACCUCGACGUCCGCAACGAGCUCGUCCUGAGCCUGUGCCACUCCCUCGUCCACGCCAAGCACUCGUCGGCCGAGCGCGCCGCCAUCCUCGAGGAGCUGGUCGACCUGUGGAAGCACAUCUCGCAGCUGCGCCGCAGGAGCCAGGGCCAUCACGCGCCGCUGCAGUUUGUCCUGCCGACCCCUGCGGAGGCGUUUGGCGGCAAAGACGCUGGCCAUCAGCAGCAGCAGCAGCAGCAGCAACAGCGGUCUAGCAGCAAUAUGAACCCCACGACCAAGGCCCUCUCCAGCAUCUUCAUCCAGUUCCGCCUCGAGCAGGCCCGCGAGCUGGUGCCGGGCCUGCUGGCCACAGUCGCCGUUCUCUCCGAUCCGCGACUCGCGCGCCAGGGCAGCCAAGUCAAGGCCGCACCGCUCUUGAACCUCGUGGCGCAAGCGUUCCAGAGACAGGGCAACCCGGACCAGGCCUACAUCGAGGAGGUGUUUCGAAACAAGAUCCGCUUCCCGUCGUCAAAGCUGGACGAGCUCGAGGCGUACAUCCUCAAGCAGUGGCCGCACGCAGAGGCAAUGCUGUCCAAUGCCGCCGCGCCCUGGCGGCACGCCCUAGAGGGUUCCAAGGGAAGCGGCUCGUCGUCCGGCCUCGCCACGUUCCACCGACAGCUCCGCGCUGCGUACCGCGCUCGCAACACGGGCGCCGUCGUCUCCAUCUGGCAGGACCUCAAGACGCGGCUGGCGCAGAAGCCCGACCUGGCGCGGCAGAUGCGCGAGGACCCCGAGUUCCUCGACUUUUGGAUCUUCGUGUGGUGUGCCGUGCGGCGGCCCGCCAAGCUGCAGGAGACGCUCGACCUGAUGCAGGAGACGGGGGUGCGGCCCUCGGUCAAGACGUACACGGCCAUGAUGCACGGGUGGAAGAUGUGCAAGGACGGCGACAAGAUUGCCGCUCUGUGGGACAAGCUCGUCGAGUCGGGCCUGCGGCUCGACGCCGUCAUCUGGACCGAGCGCAUAUCCGGGCUCAUCGAGUCGGGCAGGCCGCAGGCCGGCGUGCAGGCGCUCGCCGAGAUGAUGGCCCUGUGGAAGCAGGCGCUCGCCAAGAAGGGCGGCGACGCCGUCGCGGCGGCGGCCUCGGCCAUCCAGCCCAGCAUCGAGGUCGUCAACGCCGCCUUCAAGGGCCUCAUCCGGCUCGACCUCAAGGCGGCCAACGAGGUGCUCGCCUGGGCCGGCCGCGAGGGCAUCGAGCCCAACAUCCGCACCUACAACAUCCUCCUGCGCGAGAGCUUCCGCGGCAACGCCACGCCCGACGACGACGUGCAGUCGCUGCUCCGCGCCAUGAAGCGCCAGGGCGUCGAGCCCGACGCCGCCACCUUCACCAUCAUCCUCGAGGAGGUGCUUGGCGUCAUGGACAACACGUCGGCCGCCGAGCAGGUCCACGCCGUCCGCCAGGUCCUCGCCGACAUCGAGGCCGCCGGCCUGCGGCCCAACCUCGAGACGUACGGCAAGAUGCUCUACGCCGUGGCGUCGCUCGCAAACGGCGGCGCAGACGAGGCCGUCGCCGCCGUGCAGGAGCACAUGCGCGCCGCCGGCUUCUCGGCCACGCCGCACAUGGUCACCAUUCUCAUCGAACGUGCCCUCGCUCGCGAAGCCUCUUCCUCGUCCUCCUCAUCCUCCACUCCUUCAUCGGCGUCCUCCGGCGCCGCGGCCUCCGCCUCCGCGCAGGUCCAGGCCCUCCUCCGCGAGCACAACCUCACCCACGUCGGGCAGGGCGACCAGACGCUGUGGGAGCGCGUCAUGAGCGCCCACGCCGCCGCGGGCGACACCCCCGCCGCCAUGCGCGUCUUCGCCGACCUCGCCCGCGCCGGCCGGCCCGUCACCUCCCUCCCCUGCCUGACGGACCUGCUCCGCGCGCUGCUCGCCGCCGAGCGCGCCGACGACGCCCGCGAGGUGGUGCGCGUGGUGCUCGCCCACAAGGUCCGCCGCGCGGCUGCCGAGGGCGGCAGUGCCGCCGGCAGUGGUGGUGCCAGUGCUAGUGCCAGCGGUGCUCAAGAUGCCAGUGGCGAUGCCCAUGUCACAGUCGACGCUGGCAGCGGCGGAUUCAACAGCGAGGCUGCACGCGACGCGCGCUACUGGCGGCACCACUUCUGGUACAUGGCGCGCGAGAACGGGCUGCUCAACUGGGACGAGGUGCCCCUGGAGCUGCAGACGCGGCUGCGCGGGCAGGGGAGCAAUUAA